CUCAAGCUGAACUCUGGCUGAAGCAAGAGGAAGCUUGGACACUAGCUCGAAACUGGAAACUUUGAAAGGAGAGGAAUUUGACGUGCGCCAGUGGCUGCUGACGUCGUUGGAGAAGAGAGAAGUCUGACGUGCGCCGGUGGCUGCUGACGUCGUUGGAGAAGAGAGAAUUCUGACAUGCACUGUUAGCUGCUGACAUCGUUGAAGAAGAGAGAAAUUGACGUGCGCCGGCCAUAAUGCAAAGCACAACUAUAGUUGUUAUGGCGCUUGGAGACAAAGGGCCACAACUCGGACUGUUGGAGUUGAUCAUCAAGGGUAUCGGCUAUGGAUUACAAGGAGGCCUUGGCGGGAGCGGGGGCUGGUGCACGACUCGGGCCUGCGCCGUCUGUGUUUCAGGACUUCUUCCGGAAGGUGCCGUCGGCGAUCAUCCAAAGCUUCGUCAUCUUUGUGUCCGGGCCGGCAAAUUGGAUGUCGGAGGACACGAUGAUAUCCAUGACGAAGAAAGCGUAGGGCAGGCUUCGCUCGGUGGCAAUGGAAGCGCAAUCCACCAUGUGGAUCAUGACGAACUUUGCCCAAUUGAUGUUGGCGUCGUGGAUGAUUGCAUGAAUGGCCUUCAAGUCCUCGAUGAAGAGCGAGGUGUGGCUACUGUCCCGGGGGCGGAGAAUCUGGGUGAGGAGGUAGAGAAGAAGACGCUUCUCCGCCGGGGCCGAGUGGAUCGUCAGGGCGCCACUGUGGCGGAUGAGGUUGGUGAUCCCAAGCUCUUGAAUGACGACCGCCUUGUGUUGACGAUCCAAUCAUCACCUCUGUAUGUGGCGAUGUCGUCUCCUAGAAUAGGCAGCCCUGCGUUUCGUGCAAAGGCUACCUCCUUAGGACCAAAGCCUUUCAGGUUUCUUAAUGCCUGGACCCUGCAUGACACCUUCCUUGAUAGGGUAAAAACCACUUGGGCUAGUCUCCCAACCAUUGGAGAUAUGAGAGGAUUGGCCAACAAGCUACUUUGCCUAAAAGCAACCCCUAAAGCCUGGAACCAGGAAACCUUUGGGAACAUUUUCUCCCAACUACAGAAAGCAGAAGAGCAUUCAUUGAAAGAAGAAAACGACUUUGAGAACAAUCCUACUCAACAGAAUAAAGAAAGAAUGCAGAAAGCCAAUGCAGACCUGGUUUAUGCAACCAACUUGAAAGCAGCUUUUCAGAAAGAUAAGUCCAUAGAUGACCAUAUCCUUAUGGAACAAGAAGCUGUACACAUCCUACACAAGAAGGUGUUUGGGGGCAGUCUGAUCCUAAAGCUAGACAUGGCAAAAGCCUUUGACAAACUUGACUGGGUUUAUCUUGAAGCUUUACUCAAGGCUUUUGGUUUCAACAAUCUUUCCACACCGCUUUAAAUGGCAAAUCUUAAAGGGACCUUUUUCAGCAUCAUACUCAAUGGGGUGAUACUAGAAACCUCCUCAAGCUUAAAGCCACUCUUGAUACCUACCUCAAAGCAUCAGGCCAAGAGAUGAAUUUACACAAGAGUAAAUUCUAUACCUCAAAGAACACUUCUAACUCCUAGAUCCAAAAUAUGGAGAAAGCUCUUGGAAUCAGUAGAGGAAAGCUGCCUUUCACCUAUUUGGGAGCACCAAUAUGUCUUGGGAUCUUAAGAAAAGAACACUGCAAGG